AUGGGCUCCUUACGACUAGGCACAGUUACCAAACAAGUCGCAACCUUCGGAGCCAUCUUCUUGCCACCCUCUGCCUCCGGGACCAGCCAACACGCGAUUUUGAAUUUAGCUCCUCAUUACCAAUCAACCCCGAGCGCCCAAAUUAGUCAGAAGUACUCCACAGAGGUGGAAGCCACCGUCAACAUGCACCUGCGGGCCUCCUACACCUACCUCUCACGGGGCUUCUAUUCCAACCGGGACGACGUGGUCCUGGAGGGCGUGGGCCAUUUCUCCCGCGGGGUGGCUGAGAAGAAGCGGGAGGGCGCCGAGCGUCUCUUGAAGAUGCAAAACCAGUGCGGGGGCCAUGGCCUCUUCCGGGAAGUGGAAGCCGCCCUGCUUCUGGAGAAGAAGUUGAAGCAGGCCCUUCUGGAUCUGCAUGCCCGGGGCUCUGCCCGCGCAAACCCCCAUCUCUGUGACUUCCUGGAGGAUCACGUUCUAGAUGAGGAAGUGAAACUCAUUAAGAAGAUGGGCGACCACCUAACUAAUCUCUGCAGGCCGUCCGGUCCCCAGGCUGGGCUGGGCGAGUAUCUCUUCCAAAGGCUCACCCUCAAGCACGGCUAG